UCGAUGCCUGGCUUAGUGUCCUAAAAAUCCUGGCAAUCCGCCCUUUCCUUAAGGAACCAACAUCCAUCCUCCAUUGCAGUGCCACCCGACACGAACAAGGUCGCCCACAUCGAUUUAUAUCAGCCUUUCUGUGCUUCAUUUUCUUCCAAACUAGAACUUCUUAUUGUUUUCUGCAUCCUUAUAGACCUUGAUCUCUGAGUCUCUUGAUUCAAACUACCCGAUUCCUUCAGGGACACCUCCGCCCAUCUCAAUUGACGGCGGGGUUGGAACUACGCUAUGGGUGACGGCUCUGAUUAUCCUAGCCCACGAAGCGAAGGUCCUGGCGGACCUACCUCAGUUCUAGUCACUACCCAGGAAUCGCUUGCCCCAGCACCCAAGAUGAAUGAACAACUCCCGCCCAAUUUCAUGGAAGGGGCGCGUCCGCGACUGUCGGUGAGGCGAGCGCGGGAUCCGCCCAAGAACUCUGCAGGCCAAAUUUAUUGCGAUCAUCCCGAGUGCCAACAAUCACCUCCUACUUUUCGCCGACCAUGCGAGUGGAAUAAGCACAUGGACAAACACGACCGUCCCUACAAGUGCAUGGAGCCCGGGUGUGACAAAAUCCAGGGAUUCACAUACUCUGGCGGUCUAUUGCGGCACCAGCGCGAGGUGCAUAAGAAGAACAUCAACGCCAAGAAGCCACUGAUGUGUCCAUACGCCGAUUGCAAUCGCAGUACAGGAAACGGGUUUACGCGUCAGGAGAACCUGAAGGAACACCUCCGACGGCGCCACAUGCAUACCGAGAAUGGACAUGCAUCAGACCUGCCCAUUGCCACAUCGCCUGAAUUGGAUAGCACUGCAGCUCUGGGCGUGCCCCCAACCUUGAAGCGCAAGCGCGAUUCCAUCGAUGAGGAUCCCACCUUGGACCUUACCGAAGAUGGUGGAAACGGGGUCACUCUUCGGAACGAGCUGAAGCGACUGCAACUUGAGGUUCAGGAGAAGGACCGCCGGCUGGAAGAGCUCGAACGGAUCGUUGCUGGUCUGCAGCAAGCUUUACCGCAGACCGCGACGUCCCAAGGAUAGAUGCCUCCAAAGCAAAGAUUCUCUACGAUUUAUAUGUUUUCAAAACUUCUCCCCUUCAUAUCUUAUCCACCCUGUUCGUGUCAUUCUUUACCCCAGACACUUCCUUGGUGUUUUGAUCUCUUCUUCUUUUAUGGUCUGCACUAGG